AUGAGCAAACAGAGUCGCGUAGCACGCGCCACCAAAGUCGAUCGACCUAGCACGAGCAGCUCUAUGUCACUAGCACCGCCCUUUGCACUAGCCGAAGAAAGGCACGAAAUACUACGGUCUAUGGCAAAGGUGAUCGACGGACGCCACAGACUCUGGCACGAGCACAACCUCAAUGACCUCGAAGACGAGGUCUACGCUCGCAUCGAGCUACACCUUGCCAUGUUGGGGAUAUUAAAAAGGAAGCCGGUCAAGCCAAACAAUGGCCCGAGCGACAGCGAUGACAGCACCGAUAGCAACAAGAACCCACCAGACGGCGACCCAAGGGACAAAAAGUCACGCGCAAGGAGGGAGAAAUACCCCAACAACUUCGAUGUUCACACCAGAAUCUGGCGGUAUGAAGACAAGGCAGAAUGGUCCGACGAGAUGCUGGUGGCAAAGGCGGAAUCUGGGAGGGACCUUCGAUCAGACCCGCUGUUCUUCGUCUUUAAUGCAGCGGUAAGGUCUUGCUUAGCCUGCCAGCGCAUCGCCCUCGAACAGCUAGAUGCUAGACGCGUGCAGCGCGAUGGUCUUCAUCUUUAAAGUCGGCGUGCCGGCUCAAGCGCGCUAUGAAGUUACGACGUGCUCAAUCUCAACGGACCAUGAAGGGUAUUAUGUGAUCGAUCCGGCGAUGGGAGGAGGGUAGCACCGAACACGGCCUGUAGAUCGGAACCGACACGACCGUACGGUACUUUCUAUUUGAAUACACCGCCCAUAGUGUUGAGGCGGACUGAUCUAUGGAGAUCUCCGUUUCAUAUAUAGACGCCUAUUCAUUGGGU